AUGUCUCAAAAUAAGUAUACAGUCAUUCUUCCUACUUACAACGAACGCCAGAAUUUACCCAUCAUCACGUGGUUACUUGCAAAGACAUUUAAAGAACAUGCCAUUGAUUGGGAAAUCAUCGUUGUAGAUGAUAACAGUCCUGAUGGCACACAAGAAGUUGCUAAACAACUUCAAACGGUCUAUGGAGAAGAUCGCAUUUUGCUGAAACCACGCGCUGGUAAGUUAGGUCUUGGUACAGCCUAUGUUCAUGGUCUUCAAUUUGCUACGGGUAAUUUUGUUAUCAUUAUGGAUGCCGAUUUCUCUCAUCACCCCAAAUUUAUACCUGAAAUGAUUAGAUUACAACAGCAGAAUAAUUAUGAUAUUGUUAGUGGUACUCGUUAUAGAAAUGGAGGAGGUGUCUAUGGGUGGGACUUGAAGCGUAAGCUUGUCAGUCGCGGAGCCAACUUUUUAGCUACUCUUUUGCUUCGUCCAAAUGCUUCCGAUCUGACAGGAAGUUUCCGUCUGUACAAGAAGGAUGUUUUAUAUCAACUAAUUAAUGCUACCAUAUCUAAAGGAUACGUAUUCCAGAUGGAAAUGAUUGUAAGAGCACGACAGUUUAACUAUUCUGUGGGUGAAGUACCUAUCACCUUUGUUGACCGUGUUUAUGGAGAGAGCAAGAUGGGUGUAUCUGAAAUUGUACAGUACGCUCAAGGUGUUUGGAGGUUAUUUACUACUGUUUAA